AUGAAACUAUCUAUAUUUGCCCGUCUCGGCGCCCUUUCGCCUCUCAUCCUGACGGCAGCAAAUGCCGCGGACUGUACGGCGCCUAACCAACAAUGGUACGAUCUCUCCGCUGUCCAGAUGAUGUGGUCGAUCCGUGCCUGGGUCUGCCCGAACGCAUGGUGGCAAUCUAUCACGGCCGGUCCUGACGGCGCCUGGUGCCAUGUUAAUGGAGAUCUGGCGGGUUCGUACUGGGGUUCCUGGACUAUCAGCGGGAUGCAGUCUGAGCAGGAGUGCUGGGAUGUUCUCGAGCAAAUCAUCGACCAAUGCAUGUGGUAUGACUAUAAAUUGACUAGCUAUAAUGGCGGGACUUGGAAAUGGGGGAAUACCUAUGCAGGCGGCUGGUUCUGGGCGGAUAAUAGCAAACCUUGUGUACAUGCUGUUCAGGCGAGAGGUAGUGAAGAAACUGAAACUGAAACUGAGACUAUUGGCUAUGGUGCACCAACCAAUUUCACCCUUGCUAAUGGGACGGUAAUGAAGAUUAAUCGACAGGUUUGGCUGAAUCUGUCUGAAGAUGGUUCGCCGAAGCUGGUGAGGGAGGAGACAUACGAAGGUGAACACAACGGUGUACGCAAGAAGCCAGUUAUCUUUUCGGAUAGCCAGGCAGCACUCAGAACUCUGAUGAACCCGCGUAUGGUCUCUGGCCAAACGUACUUUCGUGACUGUGUUGAACUACUAAAGAAAUGCAUGGACAAGGACAUCGAUGUGACAUUGCGGUGGAUUCCAGGCCACGAGGGUGUCCCUGGAAACGAGGCUGCAGACAGAGCUGCGAAACGUGCAGCUCUAAUAGGUGCACGAAGGCAGGUCGUGCCAGGAGAUAUUUAUGGCUGGAUAAUGCUUGCAGCGGCUGCAAAACGAAGAAUACGACAAUCAACCAAGGAUGCCUGGGAGAGAUCGUGGGAUAGACAAAAGGCCGGCAAACCUAUUAAAAAGCUGAUUAAUAAACCUUCUAAACGCACACUCCAGUACUAA